GACUAUGAAUGGAUUCCAGAACGAAUCGAGCGGCGUGUGGAUAAAAACAUGGAGCAAACCGUUGGGUCACUUCAGGAGCAAGCUCUAAAGAGGAAAGAGAGGCUAAAGGCGUUAAGAGAUAAACAGCUUCAUGGGCGAGAGCGGGAAGAUGGGGAGCCAGAAGAGAAAAAAGCAACACUAGAAGAGACCACUGAAGACAAACACAGAGAACUGAAAUUGAGGAAUUACACUCCAGAGGAUGAAGAGCUGAAGGGAAGGCAGGUGCCUAAAGCCAAACCAGCAUCAGUGGAAGAUAAAGUAAAAGAUCAGUUAGAGGCAGCUAAUCCAGAGCCCAUCAUUGAGGAAGUGGAUUUGGCCAACCUUGCCCCAAGAAAACCAGACUGGGAUCUAAAACGUGAUGUGGCGAAGAAGCUGGAGAAGCUGGAGAGGAGAACACAGAGAGCCAUCGCUGAGCUCAUCCGCGAUCGUCUGCGAGGCCAUGAAGAGGAGCUGGCCGGAGCAGUUGGAGCAGUUGGAGCAGAAGCAGGAGACUCUGACUGAAUCCGAGAUGUGACAGAAAAUAAGGAGACUAAACAGGGAUGUCCGAGAUUUACUGGAACUGUACAGUCACAUUUGAUGUGCAUACAGAGGUGGCUGGUCCUUGGAGUACUUGGAGCUGUAUAUGAGUUUAUUGGCGAUGUAUUAUUAUUAAUGUAACUGCCAAUAUUUUGUAAAAUUAAAAUAUUGUUUUUUAAAUUG